UCAAGAAGAGGAGGCUGAGGACCUUGAAGUAGACAUAAGUAAAACAAAAGACAUAAUGCCACCUAAUUCUGGACUGUGGACCAUUCAUCCAGAUGGAGAAGUCCUUCUGAGGCAAUCAAAACAUGGGCCAGGCCAUGAGGCCCCCAUGACCAUCCCAGAACUUUUUCAGGAGUCAGUCAACCGAUUUGGGACUUAUCCAGCCCUCGCAUCAAAGAAGAGCGAAAAAUGGGAAGUACUGACCUACAGCCAGUACUAUGAGGUUUGUCGGAAGGCUGCGAAAGCCAUGCUCAAGCUGGGCUUGGAGCGGUUCCACGGAGUCGGCAUCCUGGGGUUCAACUCCAUGGAGUGGUUCAUUUCUUCUCUUGGUGCCAUCCUAGCAGGGGGCCUCUGUGUUGGUAUUUAUGCCACCAACUCUGCGGAGGCUUGUCAGUACGCCAUUACUCAUGCUAAAGUGAACGUCCUGCUGGUUGAAAAUGACCAACAGCUCCAGAAAAUCCUUUCGAUUCCACAGAACAAGAUGGAGACUGUAAAAGCGAUUAUCCAGUACAAGCGGCCAAUGAAAGAGAGCAAUAAGAAAAACCUGUAUUCUUGGGACGACUUCAUGGAUCUUGGCAAUAGCGUUCCCGAUUCCCAGCUGGACCAGAUCAUAGCGAGCCAGAAGGCCAACCAGUGUGCUGUGCUCAUCUACACGUCCGGGACCACGGGCAACCCCAAAGGAGUGAUGCUCAGCCACGACAACAUGACAUGGUUGUCCGGGAUGGUGGCGAAGGACUGCGGCCUGACUAGCGCCCCAGAAAAGCAGGAGACGGUGGUUAGCUAUCUUCCCCUCAGCCACAUUGCAGCUCAGAUGAUGGACAUCUGGGUACCCAUAAAGAUCGGGGCUUUCGUCCACUUUGCUCAACCGGAUGCUCUCAAGGGCACCUUGGUCAGCACUCUACAGGAAGUAAAGCCUACCGCCUUCCUAGGGGUGCCCCGAAUUUGGGAGAAGAUACAGGAGAAGAUAAAGGAAAGUAGUGCCAAAUCCUCAAGCUUGAAGAAGAAGGUGUUUUCGUGGGCAAGAGCUGUUGGCUUAAAGGUCAAUACAAAAAGGAUGGUAGGGUCAAAUGACUCUUCCAUGAGCUACCGCAUAGCAAGGACACUCGUUUUCAACAGAGUCAAGAGCACCCUUGGCUUUGAUCACUGCCACAUUUUUAUCAGUGGGGCCGCGCCCCUCAGCCCAGACACCUCUGAGUUCUUUCUAAGCCUGGACAUACCUAUUGGCGAGAUAUAUGGGAUGAGCGAAAGCACAGGACCUCACACCGCAUCCAACUGGGAUAACUACAGGAUUCUAAGCUCCGGCAAAAUCAUAAGUGGGUGUAAAAACAUGCUGUUCCAGCCGAACAAUGAUGGCAUUGGGGAGGUCUGCAUGUGGGGCCGGCACGUCUUCAUGGGCUACCUGGAAAGGCAGGAAGAGACCAUGGAGGCCAUCGAUGAGGAAGGCUGGCUACACAGCGGGGACCUGGGCCGCAUGGACAACCAGGGUUUCCUCUACAUCACUGGCCGCAUCAAAGAAAUCCUCAUCACAGCUGGUGGCGAGAACGUGCCCCCUGUUCCCAUCGAGAACAGGGUUAAAGAAAAGAUUCCCAUCGUCAGUAAUGCCAUGUUAGUGGGAGAUAAGGCAAAGUUUCUAAGCGUCCUGCUGACGCUGAAGUGUGAGGUAGAUAUGACGAGCGGAGAGCCACUGGACAAACUGAGCUUGGAGGCUACCAAGUUCUGCCGGAAUCUGGGCAGCCAUGCAUCCACCGUGACUGAGAUCGUGGAGCUACGAGACCCCCUGGUCUACACUGCCAUCCAGAAAGGCAUUGACGCUGUGAACAAGGAAGCCCCCUCCAAUGCGCAGAAGAUUCAGAAGUGGGUCAUCCUGGAGAAAGACUUUUCCAUCUACGGUGGAGAGCUGGGUCCAACAACAAAGUUUAAGAGACAUUUCAUAAUCCAGAAAUACAAAAAGCAAAUCGAAAACUUAUACCACUGA